CGAUUCCAUCUCGACACACGACCCAACCUUCAUCCCGAUCGCCAACGGUCCUUCGCAAACGAGCCUAAUUGCACGCGCGCGAAAAAAGAAAGAUACAUAGAGAAAGAAGAGAGAAAGAGAAAGAGAAAGAGAGAGAGAGAGAGAGGGAAGCAGAACCCCCCGCGUCUCUCCUCGAGUCCAUCUUUAUUCGUUCUUCGCACUCCGAUCAAUCGCGCCGACCGACAGUUCGCGCGAACCGGUGAGAGCCGAUUUGACAGAAAGAGAGGUAGAGAGAAAGAGAGAGAGAGAGAGAGAGAGAGAGAGAGAAAAAGAGAGGAGAGCAAGAGGAGUCGAGGAAGAGACCGCCGUGCCCGACGCCGACUCGUCUGGCAAGAGUUUCUCGAUUACGGAGGAGAGAACAAAACAUAUCACAAUGAUAAAGUUCACCGUGGCAAUGGUGUGCCUGCUGGGGCUGAAGAUGGUCGCCGCCAUGCCGCUGGCCGACCACCACGAAGGCCACGUGCCGCUUCCGGUGGUUCCCCUCGAGGAGAAGGUCGCGACGGAGGCUUUGAAGUCAACGGAGACGGCCGUGCAGAGCAGCGCGCCGGAAGCGGCGCCGGCACAGCCGCAAGCACCGGCUGAGCAACCCGCCGCGGUGGACGCGCCCACGCAGAGGAGCAGCGAGUCCUCCGAGGAGGCUCAACCGGCCGAGACGAAGGAGGAGCAGCCGAAAGCCGUGGCCGAAGAGGCCGCGCAGCCCAAGUCCUCUGAGGAGCACCUCGAGGAGAAGGAAGAACCCAAAGUGUUGGCCGCCGAGCACGAGAAGAAGGAAGAGGAGUCCCUGAAACUAGCGGCUUCCGAGACUCAGGAGUCUGUGCAGCCUGCACCGCAGGAGCAACCUGCCGAGACUCCGGUCGAGAAGAAAGUGGAGGAACACGUAGCCGCUGAGGGCAAGAGCGCGGAGCCGGCGGAAGUGCUCGAGAAAUCCGCGGUCACCGCCGAGAAGACCGAGGCCGUCGGCGAGAUCGCCAAAGAGGAGGUGAAAGAGGAAAAGAAGCUAGAGGAGCCGAAGAAAGAGGAAACGGAAGUUCCCGCGGUCGCCGCCACCGUCGCCGAGGAGAAGAAGCUCGAGCAACCCACCGAGCAGCCGAAGGAGUCUGAGGGUCACUCGCCCGCUCACGCUAAGAUCGAGGACAAGCCGGAGCGCGUGACCCGCGACGCCGAGGAGGCCGCUGCGCCCGUCUCGGUGCCCGCCUCGGUGCCCGCCUCGGUGCCCGCCAUCCCGGUCGCGCAGGAAGCGAGCCAACCGCAGGAGAAGUCCGCGCCGGUCGAAGCUGAGCAGACCCCGGCGGAACUGAUCACCCCGGUGGAAGAGCCGGCCGAGAAGAGCGAGAUCGAGAAGAGCGAGAAGCUGGAAACCGCGGCGGCCGAGCAGCCAGCCGUCAAAGUCGAGGAGAAGGUCAAGGAUGAGGAGAAGGUAGCUGAGCCGACGGCCGAGGCCGAGAAGGUGGCGAAGAGCGCCGAGGCGCCGGUCCAGCCGGCGGAGGAAGCCGCGAAGGAGCCUGCGCAACCAGCUCAAGAAUCCAGCCAGACCAAGCGGAACACGACGAAGGCCGACUCGCUGCCAGCGAUCGAGGAGCCGUUGCCAGCUCAACAGCCGGAGGCCGCCAAAGAGGUGAAGGAGCGCUCCAACUCCUCCGAGGAGAAGUCCGAUGACAGCAAGGAGUCCAGCGAGGAGAAGUCCUCCGACGAAGAGAAGGACACCAAGGCGGUGGAGCAGACCAAGGCGGAGCUGCUGCCGAAGCCCGAGCAGUAAAUCUCCCGGCGCUAGGUGGAUUGACACGAGUAACCUCAAGCGGCAGCAACAGCAGCAGCAGCAACAGCACCACCAACAUCGACAACGAGGAGGACUGCUCCUCUUGAGAUCGGGACGAGCUCAGGCAUCGGCACUCCAGCAACCCUCCGGGGCGCGUGCACGAGUUCGUCGCGAGACAACAGGAGCGAGAGCGAGAGAGAGAGAGAGAGA